AUGGCAUCCAACGAGUACAGUGGUGCCCCCAACGUUGUAGUCGCCAACAAUGACGAACUAUUGACAAAAAUCGACCAUCAAGUUCUCAAAGAUGCCGCGAAGGCAGAUGAGGCUGAACACAAGAUUUCCUUGGCCGAUGCAUUCCGCACGCAUAAGAAAGCAAUCCUGUGGAGUAUGGCAUUGAGUGGUGCUUUGAUCAUGGAAGGUUAUGACGUUGUCGUCAUUGGUUCUUUUUACGGUCAUCCUGCUUUCCUGAAACGAUUCGGUGUUCCUGUACCUCUCAGUGUUUCUGAGAACGGUUAUGUUAUUCCUGCAGAUUGGCAAUCAGCCCUCAGUAACGGAUCCUCUGCUGGUGGUAUCAUCGGUUUACUCAUUAACGGUUGGGCGUCCGAUCGAUUUGGUCCUAAGAGGGUCAUGAUGGUCGCCAUCGUUGCCCUCACAUGCUUCAUUUUCGUCAUGGUUUUCGCAAAUUCUUUGGGUAUGUUGGUCGCUGCUGAGGUGUUGUGUGGUAUCCCAUGGGGUAUUUUCCAAACUCUUACAACUGCCUAUGCUUCCGAGGUUUGCCCAAUUCAACUUCGAGGUUAUCUUACUGCCUAUGUCAACCUUUGUUGGGGAGUGGGUAUUUUGCUCUCUUCCGGUGUCGUCAAAGCUACCGUGCCAAUCGCAAGUGACUGGUCUUGGCGUAUUCCAUUCGUUGUUCAAUGGGUCUGGGUCAUCCCACUUUUCCUCAUCGUUUGUUUCUCACCUCACUCUCCAUGGUGGCUUGUCCGACAGGGCAGAUUAGAAGAAGCAGAAGACACUUUGAUUAAAUUGACCAACCCUGAAUACUUUUCCCGAGAAGAUGCAAAGAAUACUGUCGCCAUGAUGAUCCACACCAAUGAGCUCGAAAAGCAAGUAUCAGCUGGUACUUCAUACAUUGACUGUUUCCGAGGAAUCGAUCGUCGAAGGACCGAGGUCACCAUGAUGGUGUUCGCAAUGCAAUUGCUAUCUGGUCAAAACCUUAUCGGUCAAGGUGUUCAAUUCUUGCAAACAGCUGGUAUCUCUACUAACCUCGCAUUCAGUUUGAAUAUGGUCUUGAACUCGAUGUUUAUCAUUGGAACAUUCUUCUCUUGGGGUCUUUUGAGAAUUAUGGGUCGGAGAACUAUCUACUUCUUCGGAAUGGCGACAAUGGCUACAAUGCUUGUCGUUAUCGGUGGUUUGGGCUUCGCACACAGUAACGGUGCUGUGUACACCAUUGGAGGUCUUCUUAUUGGUCUCAAUUUCAUAUAUAACGCUUCCCUUGGUCCAGUCUGUUACACCUUGAUCGGUGAACUUUCUUCCACUCGAUUAAGACAAAAAUCAGUUGCCUUAUCCCGUAUAGCUUACCAGAUCAUGAACAUCAUUUGUGGUAUCAUCGUACCUCGAAUGCUCAGUCCUACUGCUUGGAAUUGGGGCGCCAAAAGUGGUCUUUUCUGGGCUGGAAGUGCUGGUCUUUGUACGGCAUACAUCUUCUUGCGUCUUCCUGAAACCAAGCAUCGAGCAUAUGGUGAACUCGAUGUAUUGUUUGAACAAGGAGUCCCCGCUUGGAGGUUCAAAGGUACCAAAGUCGAUCAAUUCUCUACUCACGAACAACCCGCUUUCUCUUCCGAACACGAGAAGAAAGAAGUCAAUCAAGACAUUGCUCAUCUCGAGCAUUAG